AUGGCCGAACGAUCACAUAUCGAACAUGAACUCCCGUCGUCGCCCGUCGCACACAGAGAAGAGAAGGGGAGCGUGAAAGAAGCCCAGGAGAACUGCCUGGCAGACAAUCAAUCACGGGGAGAUGCCAACAGGAGCAGCGAGUUGGUUGAUCCCGGGAUGUUGGCCUGCAGCCUUGCUGUGUCAGUCCAUCAUGGAUUGCCAGACGCUGCGUUUGAGACCAGGGAUUCAGCGCAUCAAGGGGAGAGGAAACGACUUCUCUUGCAUGUGUGGAUUUUUUCGAAUGACAAGAUAGAAACGGGAGACGUCUUGGUCCAAGGUGGGUAA